AUGUUUAUUUUGCUCUGUCUGCUCACGGCCAUCUCUGGGCUCGUCAGAGGCGUUCAGGUUGUGCUUCAGGACGGAUCGCCCAUCAUUGGAGAGCAGGUCGUGGCCCAGAAUCAGAAGCCGGUCACCCAAUUCUUGGGCAUUCCGUUUGGAGAACCACCCAUCGGCAAUCUUCGAUUUCGGAAGCCCAAGCCCAAGGCGCCUUGGAGGGUGCCCGUAAAUGCAACUACUCCCCCAAAGGCAUGUAUACAGGUGAGUAAUUGGUUUAACCAUCCAGAAGACUUUUAAUUAUUCAGAGCACCGACACCUACUUUGGCAAUUUCUAUGGUGCCACUAUGUGGAAUACGAACGUGGAACAGUCAGAGGAUUGUUUGUAUCUCAAUAUUUAUAUUCCGGGUGAUAUAAACAAAGGCAAGAAGAUCGCAGUUAUGGUUUGGGUUUACGGCGGGGGCUUUUGGUCGGGAUGCUCGACAUUAGAUGUAUACGACGGAAAGAUCCUGGCGAGGUAAAUGCGCGACAUUUGUCAUUAGAAUAUUAUUUCAGUGAAGAAAAUGUGAUCAUUGUCACCAUGAAUUACCGCGUGUCUUUAUUCGGAUUUAUUUAUCUUGGCCGAGAAGAAGCCCCAGGGAAUAUGGGAUUGUGGGAUCAAUUGUUGGCCCUUAAAUGGGUGUAUACUAACAUUGACAAGUUCGGGGGAGACCCUGAAUGUAUUACUUUAUUCGGUGAAAGUGCCGGUGCUGCUUCCGUAUCUAUGCACAUGCUCAGUCAGAAGUCGACUCCUUAUUUUAAUCGAGCCAUCAUCCAAAGCGGAAGUGCUACAGCCCCCUGGGCCAUCGAGAACCGACAAGUUGCUUUGCAUCGCUCAGUGGUGCUAUAUGAGUACAUGAAGUGCGGGAAUAUGUCACAUGAUCCCGACAAAUGGAACAUGGAUCUUGUUCUCGAAUGCUUAUUGGCGGCGACUCCUGAGAAGUUGAGGUGAGUUGAAUGUCAUGCUUAGACCAACUCAUUCAGGGAUUCGGAAUGGGCGCCAGUGAUGGAGUUUGCGGACUUCCCGUGGGUCCCAGUUAUCGACGGGGAUUUCAUGGUGGAAAGUGCAACCACUUCUUUGAAAGCUGGGCAUUUUAAGAAGACUCAACUCUUGGCGGGAUCUAAUCUGGAUGAAGCGAUAUACUUCAUCGUCUACCAACUUGCUGUAAGGACUGUUUUUACUUAUGCUGACAAAACUUAAAAUUAAGGAUGUCUUUCCGCCGGCUGAUUUUUUUACCAAAAAGGAUUUUAUAAAAAGCCGAGAUGUUUGGCUUCGCAGUAUCUCCAAUUUAUUGCCACGUCAAAUGCUCAAGUCUUCCUUGGCCCUUCAAAGUAUUAUCCAUGAGUACGAACCCUCGGAUCCACUGCCCGUUGAACCUCAAGAUUGGAUGGACAGUCUUGACAAAAUGCUGGGGGAUCUCCAAUUUACUUGUAAUGUCAACGAAAUGGCAUUAGCCCAUACUCUGCAUGGAGGUGACACCUAUUAUUACUACUUUACACACAGAGCUACUCAACAGACAUGGCCCGACUGGAUGGGAGUCUUGCAUGGGUACGAGAUUAACUUUAUUUUCGGCGAGCCUUUCAAUUCCGGCAAGUUCAAGUACACCAAAGAAGAGCAAGAGUUGUCCCGGCGGUUCAUGAGAUAUUGGGCCAACUUUGCCAGGACCGGGUAUGUUUGUCUUGAGGCCCAAUCUUUUAGACGUAAAGACUUAAUUGACCAUAAACUUUUAGUGAUCCCAAUAAAAACCCGGAUGGGACUUACACUCUGGACACCUGGCCACCGUAUGACGAAAAGACGAUGACUUAUAUGAAUCUGACUGUAGAGUCUCAAUAUAAUGCUGGAGCCAGAAGAACAGGGAGUGGACCGAGAAGAAGACAAUGCAUGUUCUGGAAGACCCUCAUUCCCAACAUUUUGUCGGCAUCUGGUAGGUUCGAAAUAGGGAGCCCUGACAUUAUUUUAUUUUAGCUGAUGUCGGGGAAUCAUUUGUCCGAUGGAAACAACAGAUGGAUCGAUGGGAAAAUGAAUACAUCAACGACUGGGAAUUUCAUUUCGAGCAGUAUAAAAAGCAUCAGAGCUAUCGGCAUCUAGACAUGGACCAAUGUGUCUGA